CGUCACGUGCCGCGUGCAGAUGGCCGCGGCGCCGCCGCCGCUGCUCGCCGCUCGCCCGCCGCCCUGAGGGGGAGCCGGCGCCCCUCCCUCCCCCCUCCGUUCCCCUCCCCGCGGGCCGCCAUGGAGGUGUACAUCCCCUCCUUCCGCUACGAGGAGAGCGAGCUGGAGCGGGGCUACACGGUCUUUAAAAUAGAGGUGCUAAUGAGUGGAAGGAAACACUUUGUGGAGAAGAGGUAUAGUGAAUUCCAUGCACUUCAUAAAAAGCUCAAGAAGUUCAUAAGAACUCCAGAGAUCCCUUCAAAGCAUGUGAGAAACUGGGUCCCCAAGGUCCUGGAGCAGCGACGGCAAGGCUUGGAGUUGUACUUGCAGACAGUCAUUUUAGAAAAUGAAGAGCUCCCUAAAAUAUUUCUUGAUUUCCUGAACGUUCGCCAUGUACCUACCUUGCCAAAAGCAGAAAGCUGUGGCUCUUUUGAUGAAACAGAAUCCGAAGAAUCGAGCAAACUGUCCCACCAGCCCGUGCUGCUGUUCCUAAGGGAUCCAUAUGUCUUGCCUAAAGCCAACGAUGACUUUCCAAAUGUGGUUAUAGAAGGCAUUCUACAUGGAAUAUUUUAUCCUCAUUUACUGCCCAGGUAGAAGUGACGCGUGCCUAGAAGAAGCCGAAUCAAGUCUCCGAGUCAUGUUUAGUGGAAUUAACAGGAAUAAAACUCUGUGAUGUGAAAAAUCAUGCUCAGAAGCAAGAGGCACAACCUCACUUUAAGUUCAAGCAUUUUAUCUUUUUAAAUAAAAUCAAUGUCACUACAAUUGCUGCUUUUAAAAAAAAAGAUAUGGAAACAGUAUUGAAGUUAUUUAUACCUUCUAUAUAUUGACAUGCUCUAACUAUUUAACACUAAAAGCUGAAAGUCAUACACUGAAUUACACUAACCUUUGAAUAGAACUGAAAGCUUUACUAAUUAUUUCUAUGAUUACUAUCAUAAAUUACACUAAACCUUGUUGCACCAGGAUUUUUCCAAGCACAUUACCCAUUGCUGGCAGUGGAUGGAUCAAAAGUGCUGGCACUGAAGAGAGUAUGUGAGAAAUUGCCAAAAAAAAAAAAAAAAUUAAAGCAAGAAGAAAUUGAAAGGGACUUAAAAGAAUUUUAUUCAUUUUUCUUAAAUUAUUUUGAAUCUGCUUCUUAAUAUCAGGUUGGAAAAGAACCAGUACAGGUGCAUGGAGAGUUUCUAUUGUAAAACAUGCUUCCAUAUUCUGAAAUACAUAGUGCUCUCAGGAAAUUUUCUAGAUGUCAGUUGAAAUGAUUUUAUCUACCAGGGGAUUUUACAUGGCAUUGAUGCGUCUCCAUUCAGUUAUGACACCUAAUCUGUUUGCGUGUUUACUCUUCACCUCAACUUGCAGACUGUAUUCCAUAUCUUAACAUUUUAUUACUCACAGAGCAUACAACUCUGUGGUAAUCUAAAGCAAGAAUAUGAUUAAGUAGUAAAAUGAUAAAACUAAAACUGAUAUAUAUACGCGCUAGUAUGUAUUUGUUCAGGUUUAACUGGAAAUUUGUAUGUGUUACUGGACAUUACAAAAUAAAUUACUAGAACUUGAAUGUA